AUGUCUCCAUUAAUAUCAUUCCCAGAAAUCACUCUCAUGAUGAUUCCAUUGACGACGACCCUUCUCAUACUCUUACCUCCUCUUAUAAUUUUCCUUCUCUCCAAACACUACUUACUCAAAUCUAAAUCACCACCAAUUCCACCGGGCCCGUUUCGAUGGCCGAUUGUUGGCAACCUUUUUCAAAUAGGGCCCAAUCCUCAAGUGACCUUAGCACGCUUUGCCAAAACCUACGGCCCUGAUCUUUUCUCCUUCAAACUCGGUACCAAACUCGUCGUCGUCGGAUCAUCUCCGCCGGCAGCCAUGGCCAUUCUAAAGACCCAUGAUCGAAAUCUUUGUGCUCGGUUCGUUCCUCAUGUUGCACCCUCCAAGUGUCUGAAAAAUUACGAUUCUACCAUCGGCUGGGUCGAUGAAUGCAAUGAAAGUUGGAAGAACUUGCGUACUUUCUCUCGAACUGAGCUAUUCUCUGCGAAAGCUAUCAACUCCCAAGCUUGGAUAAGAGACCAGAAAGUCAACGAAACGGUGAAGUUCGUGGCCAAACACAUGCAAGGAAAGGCAGUCAAAGUUCGAGAGAUUGCUUUUGGUGCAGUGUUGAAUAUGAUGGGAAAUAUUCUGGUCUCCAAAGAUAUGAUUGACCAAUCUCAAGAAAGCUUGAAAGGGGAGCUUUGUGAGGUCAUGAACAAGAUAACGGACGUUGCUUCUUCUCCAAAUAUAUCUGACUUUUAUCCUAUUUUGGGUUCCUUUGAUCUUCAGAAUCUUCAAAAGAGGUCCAUGGAAUUGUUUGAUAGGAGUUGCCAGCUUUGGGAGGCAAUCGUCCAGGAAAGGAAAGCUUCUGAAACCUCCCCAUGCCCACCUGAUUUUCUUGAUGCUCUCAUUAAAAAUGACUUUUCCACCGAUGACAUAAAUGUGAUUUUUAUGGAAUUUUUUGGUGCGGGAACAGAAACUAGUAGCUCAAUAGUAGAAUGGACAAUGGCAGAGCUAAUACAAAACCCCAGAUGCAUGAAGAUAGUUCAAGAGGAACUUGCAAAAGAAAUUGGCCCAAAUAAUGUUGUGAAAGAGUGUGAUCUUCCCAAGUUGACAUAUCUUCAAGCCUGUAUAAAAGAAAUCUUAAGGUUACACCCAGUUGGGCCUCUUCUUCUUCCUCACCGAGCUAUUGAGUCAUGCACAGUCAUGAACUACACCAUACCAAAGGACUCUCAGAUUUUAGUCAACGUUUGGGCCGUCGGACGAGACCCCAGUUUGUGGGAAGAGCCGUUGGUGUUCAAACCCGAGAGGUUUCUGAACUCGAGCUUGGAUUUCAAAGGGAAUAACUUUGAGUACUUUCCAUUUGGCUCGGGAAGGAGAAUUUGUCCUGGAAUGCCUAUGGCUGCUAAGCAGAUUCCUUUGAUUGUGGCUGCUUUAAUCCAUUCUUUCGAUUGGUCACUUCCACAAGGAAAGAAUCUCAACGACAUUGACAUGACUGAGAAAUAUGGAAUCGCCAUGCGGAUGGAGAAACCUCUUGUUCUUGUUCCUAAAGCUAAGAUUAAUAUCAUCAUAUAAUCCCACACAAUUUAUAUAUAUAUAUAUAUAUAUGUUGGAGUUAUAGUGAUGGAGUGGAUGAUCAAGUUUAUGUUCUUGUAAAAUGCAUGUA